GGCGCUGGGCGAGGAGCGUCACGUGACGGGCCAGGCCGGCACCUCCCGGGGACUAGCGCGAGACCCACCGCGAUGAGCCCGCUCCUGGCGCUGUGCGGCCUGCUGGGCCUGGCGGCGGCGGGGCCCGCCCAGUACUUCAGGGAGGAGUUCGGGGACGGAGAUGCCUGGACGAGCCGCUGGGUGGAGUCAAAGCACAAGUCAGACUAUGGGAAGUUCAAACUGACAGCGGGCAAGUUCUACGGGGAUGCUGAGAAGGAUAAAGGCCUCCAGACAAGCCAGGACGCCCGUUUCUACGCCCUGUCUGCCCGCUUUGACUCCUUCAGCAACAAGGAUAAGGCCUUGGUGGUGCAGUUCACGGUGAAACACGAGCAGAACAUCGACUGCGGUGGUGGUUACGUCAAGCUCUUCCCCUCAGGCCUGAGCCAGGAGGACAUGCACGGGGACUCGGAGUACAACAUCAUGUUUGGCCCUGACAUCUGUGGCCCAGGGACCAAAAAAGUGCAUGUGAUCUUCAACUACAAAGGGAAGAAUGUCCUGAUCAACAAAGACAUCCGCUGCAAGGACGACGAGUUCACCCACCUCUACACCCUCAUUGUGCGGCCUGACAACACCUAUGAGGUGAAGAUUGACAACAACAAGGUGGAGUCGGGCAGCCUGGAGGAAGAUUGGGACUUCCUGCCUCCCAAGAAGAUCAAGGACCCUGAGGCCAAGAAACCGGAGGACUGGGAUGAUAGGGCCAAAAUAGAUGACCCUGAGGACACUAAGCCAGAGGAUUGGGAUAAACCAGAGCACAUUCCUGACCCUGAUGCCAAGAAGCCAGAGGACUGGGAUGAGGAGAUGGAUGGGGAGUGGGAGCCUCCGGUGAUCCAGAACCCAGAGUACAAGGGGGAAUGGAAACCCCGCCAGAUCGACAACCCUGACUACAAGGGGAAGUGGGUGCACCCUGAGAUCGACAACCCGGACUACACCCCCGACCCCAGCCUGUACUCCUACGACAGCUUUGGCGUCAUCGGCUUGGACCUGUGGCAGGUGAAAUCUGGCACCAUCUUCGACAACUUCCUGAUCACAGAUGACGAGAAGUUUGCAGAGGAGUUUGGCAAUGAGACCUGGGGAGCCACCAAGGAUGCUGAGAAGAAAAUGAAGGAGCAGCAGGACGAGGAGCAGAGGAAGAAACAAGAGGAGGAGGACAAGAAGCGGAAAGAGGAGGAAGGGGACGAUGAGCCCGAAGGGGACGAUAAUGAGGAAGAGGAGGAGGAUGACGACGAUGAGCCAGAGAAGGAGGAAGAGGAGGAGACAGAGGGACCGCUGAAGGAUGAGCUGUAAAAGGCCGUUCCCCCAGCACUGCUCCUCCACUGAGCCUCACCUUUGGCCCACACCACGGGGCUCGCUUGGUUAAACCCAAAUAAGGAGAGAGGGAGGGGAUACAGUAAUGUCUCUAUGAGACUUGAACUUUUUUAUUGGUGUUUUUGUUUGUGGUUUGUUUUUUAUUUCACAUGCCCCAAUGCCAUCAAUGAUCCAUUCAUGUGAGUCCAGGUGUAGGCCCUGCAGUGUAUGAAUGUAUGCUAAGGUUCACUGUAGAAACAAUAACCCUUGAUUCAGACAGGAACUGCAGCAGCAACUGCUUUUAAUGGUGGCUAGCUUCUCUGUGGCUCCUGUCCCCCAGAUGCUCUGCAAAGGGAUAUAUAGGAAGUAGCAAACCACUACCUCUCCUUGCCCUCCUUCCCAGUCACCUGCCCUGUUCCAGCCCUUCUCAUGUGAUUGUCAGGUGGAAGCAGAUUCCAACCCCUGCUCCCAUGUCAGUGACCUGAGUGGGCGGGAAGGUGGUAGGUUGGCUUUUCCUCCAUCCUAGCACAGCUUUGGUGAACCAAGGGGUUGAAAUCUACUAGGCUGCAGUAUUAUGCCUCAUUUUCAGCAGUCUGUUCUGGCAGGGAUCUGUCCAGCUGUGGGGAGAGCUCCUGCUUGCUUAAAAUGAGUGGAUCGAUCCAUUUCCCACUAUGUUGCUGCUGCAUUGUUUUUUACAACCCAAGCGGCUGUCUUGGCCUCUGGUACACUGACAGCUGGAGCAGAGGCCAGUCCAAACUCAAACAAAGUCCGAGCUGUUAAAAGCACUAAGUGGGAUGUGUAACUCUAAGCAAUUUCUUUGGACUCCAAAGCAAACAUCUGUAGUUCCUUGAUCUUCUGUAACAUGCCUGACGCCUCUCAGGCAUCCCCUUGGAAAUUGCAUAGAGCUAUUGUCAGUAGCAUGAGUGGAGGGGAAGUGGGGCAUGGGCUAGAAUGAAGAGAAUGUUGUCUUGGUGAGGGAGGUCACAAUGCUGGGGUGGGGGGAGUGUGGUGGGUCAGAAUGGGGGUUGGUAGGUGGUAAGGGAGCAGAAGACAGAGGCCAAGCUUCUUACUACUCUCUGAAAUAUGUUGUGGGUGGGAGUGAAGGGUAGAGGUAGGGGUUCAGAGACUUCUCAUGUUCACACUUGAAUGUAUGAAUGAUUGAAGAAAAUUUCUAUUAAAUUAAAUUUCAUGUCUA